ACAACAACAAUUGUUAAGGUUCGAUAUACUAUACUACAAACAACAUCGUACUUUUCAUCUUCUAAACAUACUCACGCAACCAACAUUGAAUUUUUCAGCCUUUCAUAACUUGCAUUGUGUUUGUUAUUAGAUUACAACAAAGGAAGGAACAAAUUCAUGAGUAGCGCUACACACAUUAUUACCCUUACAACAAGAUUUCAAUUUCAUGAUGUCUUGAACAAAAUAUCUCAAAUACUUCAAAAAGCACGAAAGGAUUUAUCUCCUGUGGUUCAAGACAUAAAGCAAUACAAUGAUCAUUUGGAUCACCCCAGAGAGGAAAUAAAUAGUCUAAUAGAAGAAAAUGAUGCAGGAGAAAGUGCAUGCAAAUGUUCUUCUGAGAAUGAUUCCUAUGUUGUUGAUGAGAACCAAUCUCUUAUUGUAAAUGAUGUUGAAGAAACACUUUAUAAGCCAAGAGAAAUUCUUGAGCUUCUCAACCACGAAAAUCGGCCUCGUGACUUGUGGCGAAAGAUAGGGAAAGAACUAGCACAAGGUCAUUCUCUUCUUGAUUCUAAUACCAAAUUACUUAUUCGCCUCCAAAAGAUCUUUGAUGUUUUGGAAGAUAAUCCUACAAUCAUGGAGUGCUUCAUGGACAUAGCCUUAUUUCCCGAAGACCAUAGAAUUCCUGUCGCUGCUCUCGUUGAUAUGUGGGCAGAGCUGUAUAGACUAGAUGACAACGGAAUACAAGCAAUGGAAAUCAUCAACAAAUUAGGCAUCAUGAAUUUGGCUAAUGUCAUAAUACCAAGGAAAAAUGCAAGUGACACGGACGAUAACAACUACAAUAAUCACUUCAUCAUCCUUCAUGAUAUUCUAAGAGAACUUGGAAUUUACCAAAGCACCAAGGAACCAUUUGAGCAAAGAAAAAGACUGAUUAUUGACAUUAAUAAAAAUAAAAGUGGGCUCGCGGAGAAGCAGCAAGGCUUGAUGACCUGUAUAUUGUCAAAGUUUAUGAGAUUGUGUGUUAAACGGAAUCCUCAACAGCUCACUGCCCGUAUAUUGUCGGUAUCAGCUGAUGAAACAUGUGCGUUCGAUUGGUCUCAAAUGCAACCAGCUCAGGUCGAGGUUCUGAUUUUAAAUAUUCAUACCAAGCAGUACUCAUUACCCGAGUGGAUUGCAAAAAUGAGUAAACUAAGAGUUCUGAUAAUCACAAACUACGGUUUCCAUCCUUCUAAACUGAACAACAUUGAGCUUCUCGGUUCUUUACAGAACCUGGAAAGAAUCAGACUAGAGCGAAUUUCGGUCCCUUCCUUCGGCACAUUGAAGAAUUUGAAAAAACUAUCUCUCUACAUGUGUAACACAAUACUGGCUUUUGAAAAGGGUAGCAUCCUAAUUUCAGAUGCAUUUGCAAACCUAGAAGAAUUGAACAUUGAUUACUGCAAAGAUUUGGUGGUAUUUCCAACUGGUAUCUGUGAUAUCAUCUCACUAAAGAAGCUCAAUGUUACUAAUUGCCACAAGCUUUUUUCACUUCCCCAAGAUAUUGGAAAAUUGGAGAAUUUGGAACUUCUAAGCCUCAGUUCAUGUACUGACUUGGAAGCUAUACCGACUUCCAUUGGAAAGCUGUUAAAUCUAAGACAUCUUGACAUUUCAAACUGCAUCAGCCUUUCAAGUUUACCUGAGGAAUUUGGUAAUCUUUGCAAUCUAAGAAAUCUGUACAUGGCAAGUUGUGCAGGUAUUGAAUUGCCAUUCUCAGUUUUCAAUCUUCAGAAUUUGAAGACGAUAACCUGCGAUGAAGAGACGGCUGCUACAUGGGAAGAUUUUCAGCAUAUGCUUCCCAAUAUGAAGAUAGAGGUUCUUCAUGUUGAUGUUAACUUAAAUUGGCUUCUUUGAAUGACUUUUGUAUAGCAUAUAAUUAAAAUUCUUUUGUAAUAUUUUGUAAUUUCUUUUGUAUAAAUACAUGAUUUGUAUUAGCUAUUCUCAAUCAAUAUAUUCAAUUUUUAAUUUUAA